GGCAGACACGCCCCCUUUUCAGUGUAAUCUGAAAUACCACGCCCACUCAGAACUCCCACAUUACUGCUGGAGUCUAGCAGGAGGAACAGAGCAGCGCGGAUCUUACAGUCAUGAGCCUUCCUGAUAUUAAAUCAUCACGGAAACUUGCAGUCGAGCCUUUAAAGCAGUGCUCAGUCGUGCAGCUGAAUGUCGGCGGUCAGAUGUACACCACCACUCAGUCGACCCUGCGCAAAUUCCCCAACUCGAAGCUGGCUGACAUGUUCAGUGCGCCUCACAAACUUCUAAAGGAUGCAGAAGGUCGCUGUUUUAUAGACCGUGAUGGGACACACUUUAGUGCGAUCCUUGAGUAUCUCCGUUCAGAAGAGGUUCCUACUAAAAAUCUGCUGGAGGUUCAUAAGGAGGCAGUGUAUUAUAAUAUAAAACCUCUGGUGAAAAUCCUGGAGGAGUCCCCACAGUUUUUCGGUGAGAAAGUCGGAAGGCAGCAGUUUUUAUCCCAUGUGCGCAACUACCACGAAAAUCUAGAAGUCCUCAUCAGGGUGGGCAAAGCAGAAGCCAUGGCCUCGCGAUACUCCACUAUAAUCAUAUGUGUCCUAAAGACAGAGGAUGACCUGGCGAGGUGUAAUGACGCCAUGGCCAGUCUUGAUGUGAGAAAGGAAUCUAUUGUGAGUUUCGGCCCCUGGAAUGCUCAAGCUUCCGUGGUGGAUCUUCUGGAUUGCAUUCAAAUGGACAUAGAGGCGAAAGGAUAUAAAGUGAGCAUUAAACCCCACAACACAGAGAAAGGCUUUCUGUUUAAGAGCCAUGAUUUCUUCUAUAAGCUGACUUUUACUUGGUGGUGACCAGGAUUUGUGCUUCUGACCUUUUAAGUAUGAUUGAAGAGGUCAUGAAUCUUUAUAAAAAAAAAAUCCACCUACAAACACUUCAGAUAAGAAACGUGUCUUAUCUGUUAGUCUACAAGUCCCACCUAUACUGCAGACAUGUGUCAUAUAGGACUCAUUCAGGAUCUUUGCUGGCAUCUGUAGCCACCCUUGUUUAAUAUUUACUCUAGUUUGUACCAGCCCUCUGCAUCAUGUGACCUUAAUGUGCUCACAAAAAUGAAUCCAAGAAUCCAAAAUGGCAAAGACAAAAUAUUUCUGUGUACAAAAUAUUUUAGAUGCUUGUUAAUUAAGGAAUAAAACACAAUAAAAUGGGCUGUUAUCAGAAAACAAUUAAUGCCAUAGUGUGAUGUAUCCAAACAUGAUUUUAUUAUAUUCUUACGAAUACAUGUUGUAUUUUUUUUUUGUUUUCAUUUUAAUGAAACCACAGAGAUUUACCAAGGAUUAAAAUGUUAAUAUAUUAACGAACAAUUUUUUUUUUAAAUAAUUUAAUAGUUACAGCACAAUUUGUGGAACAUCAAAAAUAGUGGAAUAAAC